UGUCGCUGUGCGCGUAAAGUCUCCGCCGGCAGGUUUGGUCCGACCGGACCCCAACACAGUCUGAAGUGUCAGAUAGUCUUCUUAACGUGUGAGAAAUUUGGUGUAUGGAAGAGGACGAAAGAGGGGAAAACCGGCAGAGAUAGAGGGCUGCAAAAUUACGCGGAAGAGCAGUUUUUGAGAGAACAACACUCGGGGGGAAUCAGCGGAGGUCUUAAUGAGGGAAUGCCGAAAAGGAGAGCAGACAUACGGCCAGAGCACCAGACAUGAGUCCGAGAUAUCUGUUGUUGCAGGUGGCGGACUGAAGACGAUGCUGGAUGCCAUGGAAGUUCCAAGUCAUGCUAGGGAUCUCCUCCUGCAGCUCAACAGCCAGCGCACCAAGGGCUUCCUCUGUGAUGUUAUUAUUGUGGUGCAGAACGCCCUCUUCAGAGCUCACAAGAACAUUCUUGCUGCCAGCAGCCUCUACUUGAAGUCACUGGUGGUCCAUGACAAUCUCAUCAACCUCGACCACGAGAUGGUGAGUCCAGGGGUCUUCAGGGUCAUUCUGGACUACAUCUACACAGGCCGCCUUAGUGAUGGAGACCCCACUUCUCCCAGUGAACCCAAUCUAGGGGCUGUUUUGGCAGCAGCCAGUUACCUACAGCUGCUUGACUUAGUGGCUUUGUGCAAAAAGAAGCUGAAAAGAAAUGGCAAGUACCCUCCCCGCCCAGGUCCUGCAUUUCUGCCCUAUGCAAAGAUGGGGCCCAAUAGUAUGGGUGGCAGGUAUAGGGUUUCUACUCCUGUCAUCCAGUCCUGCCCUCCAGGAGGAAUUAUGAAUAGCCAUACACCCCGGGGAGCACCACUAGAGGAGCUAGUUCCCCAUCGACUAGCCAUCCAUGCUGGGGAGCUGUAUGCUCCCACCUCCACCCAGGGCUCUCAGGUGUUCCCGUCCGUGCACCCAGCUCUGCCUGCCCAGCUAGGCCUGCACUCAGCCCUUCCUGAGAGAAACUGCUCCCCCAACUAUGGCCUUGAUCUCUCCAAGAAAAGCCCCAACUCCCAGUCUCAGCACACACCCUCUCAAUCCCAUCUGGCAAACACUCACAAUAAUGAGGAGCGAGACGGGACGUUGAGCGGCCGUACCAGUCCCAUGCAGGGGACGAAUGGGAGGGCCUUCCCCUCAGAAAAGGAGUCAACAGACCACGUAGGCUCCCUCACUCCUCCACCUUUUCCCCAUCUCAACCAGCCACUUGGCCCCCACCUCCCCCACCUGCAUCGCUCAGGCUCCCAGGGCACAGACCGCUAUCCAUGCCCCCCCAGCCCCGACACCCCCACAGAAGGCGGGGAGGGUGGCAGAGAGAUGGGCAACAUCUACCGCUGGGUGAAACAUGAGCCACUGUCAUACACAGCUGAAGAUGAAGAUGAAGAUGAGGAUGAAGAGGAAGGGGGUGAAAAUGGAGACCAGCAUCACAACCACCACAAGACCGGGGAGGAGAGUGAGGGAGCUGACGACAAGAGCGGGUCAGGCACAGAGGAGACAGGCAGUAGUGAAGGCCGCCCGUCCCCUACCGGACCAAUGGGGAGGUUCCACAUGCCGUAUGAACCAGAGAGCUUUGGGGACAAUCUGUAUGUCUGCAUUCCCUGUGACAAAGGCUUCCCAAGCUCUGAGCAGCUCAAUGCACAUGUGGAGACACACACAGAAGAAGAGCUGUAUGGCAACUCUGGUGGGGAGAUGGGAAACAGCAAUAACAGCAACACCAAAAACAUCAGCAGUAAUACAAAUGGUUAUGGGAGCAUGAACAGCAGCAAUAGUUUGAACAGUCUGUCCCACCUGGAGCCAAAGUCCAGUCAGAACCUGAAUGUGGAGAUGAUCCGACCCUACCGCUGUUCCAGCUGUGAGAAGUCCUACAAAGAUCCAGCCACUUUGCGCCAGCAUGAGAAAACCCACUGGCUGACACGGCCUUACCCCUGCAGCAUCUGUGGCAAGAAGUUCACACAGCGUGGUACCAUGACGCGCCACAUGCGGAGCCACCUGGGCCUUAAGCCUUUUGCCUGCGACUCCUGUGGCAUGCGCUUCACCCGCCAGUACCGCCUCACCGAGCACAUGCGCAUCCACUCUGGGGAGAAGCCCUAUGAAUGUCAGGUGUGCGGAGGAAAGUUUGCCCAGCAGCGCAACCUCAUCAGCCACAUGAAGAUGCACAGCAGUGGAGGGACUGCAGGGGGCCUGACCACAGAUGGGAAACUGAAGCUGGACUUUGCAGAGGGCAUCUAUCCUCUGAGUAAAUACACAGCAGAGCAUCUGGGGCUGAAGCAAGAGAAGGCCAAUGAGCUUCUCAUCCAGGCCCAGCAGCAGUUGGUAGCUGAUGCAAAGGCCAUGGAGAGCCUCUACCCACUGUCCAAACUGGCCUCGGAGCACCUGGGCCUCACCCACGACAAGAUGGAUGUCCUGGGCCAACCCCUGCCCCCUCCCCCACAGGCCCUCUCUGAAGGCCGCACCAUCGACCGCUACUCACCCAGCUAAGACCACAUGACCUGUGUAAAUGGCAAUCACCAAUAGAUCUGUGUGCACACACAACUUGCAGUAUUCUAAAGCCAUUCACCUCAACUCAAUAUCUCCUCUGCACCUCAGACUCAGGCCAAAAGGAAUUAGUCUGCUAAUGCACACCAAAAUGUGUAGACUUUAAGUGCCUUUCUAUGCAUCUAAUGUAUCUUAAAAUCCUCCUUCAUAAAGGAGCACUGUGCUAUUCCGUGACCAAGGGACACUCACUCGAAGAAGUACAGUAUUUAUGUACAGUGUAAGCAAACAAACAUUUUUUAAAAAUUCCAGCCAUUGAGCCAAAGCAAGAAAUUGAAAACCAAAAUGAAAUUGUUUUAUUUAUUUUUGUAUUAUGAUGAAAUCCAAAAAGAAACUGUUGCAAGGAAACGUUGCAAUCAGACCCUAAACCUGUGUACUAUAAAGUAUCAUCUGUGUACAAAAAAAGAAAAAAAGCACAUAAGGACAAGAUUCAGGGUUUGUGUCCAGACCUGAGCGGAACUUUUACCAAAUGAAUAAGCCAACUCUUCUGGACUUUAAAGUAAUGGGAGGAUUAUUUUUCUUUUUUUUUUUCUUUUUUAAAAUUUUCUGUUUUUGGGGUACUGGACAAUUUAUGUAUCUCACUCUCCAGCUUCUCCCCAUCAUGUUCCUGCUUCCCAAGUCGCAAGGAAAUGACUGAACGAUAAGAACAAUUGCCUCAGCAUUUCGGUAAAGUCUUCUCUGCUUUAUUUUCUCCACAUUUUUAAGCAACCCACUCCCCCGCAUAUUUGUGCAGACAGAACCUCAUGCUAUUUGACAGUAAUGGUAGCUUAAUCAGUUUCACACUCAGUGUGUAACCCUUCUUGAGCUAAAACUUCCAUUGCAUUUUAACUAACAUCCUUUAGCUUUCAGUUGUUAUUGAGGAACAGCAAGCACAGCCCUGUGAUCUCAUAACUGGGACAUGAUUGCACAUACCCAACUGAUGACACACUAAUCCCUGUUCAUGAUGCAUGUAGCUUCAUGGUGUAGACGAAGCAUGGGUGUUGCCUCUGACAUUGUGUAAUAUUUACAAUAUGAAUGCAGCCGAGCAGAGAGGCAGGGACCAGGUCAGAAUCGAUUACACAGAAAUCUGUCAUUUACUGUCAGGAGCAGUUACUCCUUUCACUUGAUGAUUAAUUGUAGAGCGGCAGUAGUCAUAUGCCACAUUGGACGCUGCUCUGUCCCCUGUCCGACCUCUCAUUUGACCUCCCUCCCUAGUAGUGUCAUGUCUGGGAGCCUUGCUACUGUUGACAGGCCAAAGUGAGGGCUGUACUCAACCCUUUGCCUUAAAAGCGCUCCACUGCACCGCACACACACAUAUACGCUCCCCCCCCUUCCACACACACAUAGCGAGCUGCUAAUCUGUCAGUGAUAUGAACAUAAGAAGGGGUUUGUGGGUCUUCCCUGGAAGCCAGCGGGUGAACAGCACGCCCCAGCUGCUGUGCUCCAGUAAUCCCUGUGAAAUCUCACUUUCUCCUGGACAAUUCGCACUGCUCGCCGGCAUGAUGUCCCAUUUCAUGCCUGCCAUCUUACCCCUCUGAUCCACUUAUUAACGUCAUAUCCGAGCCCAGUAACCCUUCCCUGUUGGUAUCAAACUCGGAAACAAAGAAUGACAUAUUUCUGUGUUGGCUGACCAGCAGUUCCUCCAGCCUGAAAACAAAAGAGCACUUAAAGGUUGUGGGUUGAAGGCACAUUUUUGUCUUGAAAUGUUUAUUCCAAAGAACAUGCUGGCCUUUUCUUUUUUUUCCUUUUUCCACUUUUACUGGUCCUUGAUUCAGAUUAGAAAAUGUCUGACCACUAUAGUGCCAAUGCCAACCUCAGUGGGUGAAUGUGAAGACUAAAGCCAUAAAUACACUGUGAUAGACGUAGUGAAUCUUAAAGGCUUAAAAAAAAAAAACAGAGACAAUGUGCCUGACUUUUGGGAUUGUUUUUUUAAAAUGUAACAAUAAUUUAAGGGCUUCAUUUCUGUAGCAUAUGAUCAUAUCAAACAAUGUUGUUUCCUGUCACUUACUUUUCUUUACUUCAUUUUGAUUUUAACUGAAAGCAGCGCACAUGAAACUGGUGCUUACCUCAGGACUGAACCCAGCAUGGGGACGCUAAGCUUUAGUAAACCUUUGAAUAUCAAUGUAAACACACACAUACACACACACACUUUUAAAUUUUUGUUUUUAACAGGGCAAUUGUCCUGUGUUAAACCUGUGGUUAUUUCUGUGUUUAUACAUUUCUUGUUACAGUUUUUUUUUUUGGUGGAGAGAUAACAUGUGAUAUUAACAAUUUUUUGUUUUGUUUUUAUUUCUACUAUGCGGUAUACAUUUUCUAUUGUGUUGUCCUCAAAGAGGCUUGUGUCGGUCUGACCAAUUCCAUUCUUAUAACAUAAGGCAAAGUCAUUUUGAUAGUAUCUUAACUGGCUGUUUGUGAAUUUCUGAACCACACUUUAGCAAGCAUGGUGGCAUUGGUCUUUGGUUUCAACUACCAUAAAGUCUAAGUGACACGUGUAAUGUUUUGAAAUGCCUCUGUUUGUGCACAAGACAUGAGGCAUUAUCAGUACUUCCCUAAACAGACAAGCAAUUGCUUUGCUGGGCGAGUAUGAAAUCUAGCCUCAUAUUGCUUGACCCCUUUUUUCCAAAGGUUAGCGAACUUUCGAACGAGAGUCAGACUGAGGCCGCACAUGCACACAAACACACAGGAAGCAAGCUUGUUUUGGACGAUGCCUCAAGUUUUGGGACUCUGUUGAUAAGCUCUUAAACAAAAACUGAAAAAACAUCUGAAAUGAAACAUUACGGGCAGUGAAAACUUGGUCCACAAGCGUGUGAAUACGUGUUAAAAAUGUAGGAACAGGCGGAUGUCGGUCGUGGGAAUUUCAGUCACACUCACCCGCUCUCAUUCACUAGUUUUAGUGAAAAUCUGUCCCCUUCAUUUCCCUGCCUUACACCAUUAAAAUAACACAAAGUGUUUCCACUGUCACUCCAAAUCUGUGCAGGAGGGAAGAGCAAGAUAAUGCCUGGACAUUUCUGUAGGAUGUGCACUGUUUGAAAUGUGCUUAAUUGCAUUAAUGUGUAUGACGGACAGAGAGGGAGGGCUGAGUAUCUAUAGAAGGGGAAGCGUUUGCUUGUCUGUUUGUGUGUCCCUAUGCUAUUCGUAUGAACGGCUGCUAAUGCAUGUCCUGGGAAUAUGGUUGGUGUGAAGGAGAAGAGCUGAGGAGCAGGAAGUGAACUUUUGGCUGGUGUGUUGUGUUGAGCAGGAUGUGCCGUGUGUUUCUGCUCAGAGGCAGAUAGAGAGACGGAGAAUGGGGAGGGAGAGGAGCAGGGAGAGCGCAGCAGGGUGGACGCGAGCCAUUGUCUCAGUAUGAAAGCCUGUUCAUACUUCUAAAACUCUCCAUUCAGAAAACAAGUAGACUGUAUCUUCUCUUUUCCUUCCCCUUUUUGCUCUUUGGGAAUAAACCUCUGCUCAGUAUCACGGUGAUACGACAUUGUGGGCUUUCAAGGGCUGCAUGGUGAGGAAGCCAUUCAGACAUUUUGUUACAUGGUGAGGAUGUUUUGGAUUACAGUUUUUGGCGUCCAUAUUUUGAACUUUUUUGAAAAUUGGGGCAGGGUUGGUCACCGGACCAAGAUAGGAAGGGCCUAGAAACUGUAAUGUAAAUCAUAAUUAUAAAAACUGGCAGUAUGUCCUUUGCUCAGUGGUUGACUCAAUUAGUAAAAUUUGAAAAGUCUUGUUUCAAUUUACUGGUGCAGCCACUCAACCCAUGGGGCUUUGUGCCAUAUGCCGUUGUUAAAGUUAUUUAUUUGACACACCAACCCAGAAGACCUCUCUUCACCACCAGAGUGGUUAAGAUGAAGAUGUUUUCAAAGUAAUAAAAUUAGGCAUUUAUAACAGUUUAUUGGUUACGUUAAUUAAUAUAAUGAAAACGAAUGAAUCCAUGAUGCAUAAAUGAAUAAAAAACACCAACUAUAAACUGCGGGUUGAUCUUUUUAUAUUUAUUUGUUGUUUUAUUUUUCAGGCCAUUUCAUUCCUCUCUAAAUGUUGUUAUGGCAACCAUCCCAGGCCCGUAACUUUUAUAACACUAACAGUAUAGAAGUAAAAACGGUCUGGAUGAGUUCCAGCAGCACCGUGUAGACCAAAAAAGGGUUUAGGUUUAAUGUUAAAAAAUGCAAAGCAUGCCUUUAAGCUUUAUACCAGCGGCAGCAGGCCGAGGUCACCUAUGUGACUCUGAAUAGUCCUGAUCUGCAAUCAUACCGCGGUUUGACAUUUAUUGUAUUUCACGAUGUGUGCCAAAAGGACUGAAGCACUUAGCAGACAUCGCAGAUGCUCAAAACAAAACUCAGCAACAAUCUUUGUAGUUUCCACGGGUUGCGUUGUCAAGCUAAGCUUCUGACCGACUUUUUCUUUGCCUUUUUUAUGAGUUAUUCUCUGUGUGGCUAAUCAUAAGAGCACAGUGGAGAAAUGCCACUAUUGUCCAGUGUACAUAUUAAUUUUUAUGAAGUCUCAUGUUUAAAUGUAAGCUAGAGCCAAAUAAUAUACAUAAUCAAGCCGUUGAAUCCAAAAACUGUUUAGUCAGCUAAUACAAAUGUGCCUGCAGUUCAGCGAGCGUUUUGCAAUAAAUUAAUCUGCGUGUGUGCAUGUGUGCGAGUGUGUGUGUGUGUGUGUAUAGUGCACCUGUCCAUCUACAUGUCUGAACUCCUUUCCCCCAGUGUAGCAGGGUGAAGUACAAGAGAGAGACUUGACACUUUCAAGAGUCUUUAUUACAAGCAGCUGCUUUAGAUUUAUUUCCCCGAACUGCACUUUUCUGGAAAAAUCAUUGUAUUGUGAUUUUUUAUUACUCUUACGAUCCCCUAGAAGUCCCACAAUUGCCUUUCGUCUCUGGCACUUUGCUUCCUCCAUUUCCCUCCUCUUCCUCCCUCCAGUGCACAGUUUGGCCACACUCGUUCACCGCCCUCGUUACCUCAAAGCACAGCUUCCCUCCUCACCUCUCUCUGUCCCUUCACUCCUCUUACACUCAACACAAACCGCUGACCCACAGCGCCCGCUGCCUCCCUCCCUCCUCUCUCAUGAUCCACUUACUUCCAGCUGUUUUUCAUGCUGAAGAAGACAGUUGUCUAAAUGUUUACGUGAAGAGCUACUUUCUUUUUCUUUAAGCCCUGAUCAAUUUCCAAAGUGAACUUUGUGGCAUGUGUUAAAAUACAGCAGAUGAUGGGCCAAAUAAAAAAGUCUGACAUCGUUAUUGUAUUCUGAUCCUCCAGCCAAGAAAUGGCUUACAAAGGGAGAUUAAAGACAGCAUAUCGUUGUAGAGGAAAUGUAGAAUAAUGUGAGGGGAAAUGUUCAAGGGAAAAUAUGCUCAGAAAGAUGCCAGUAAAGUAAACAUGUAUGAAAUUGCACAAUUGAGCCGGGCCUCGGCUGCACCAGCCAAGUCAUGCGCUGAGAUGGAGAGAACAAGUAAAGGGAGAAGAGUUGAGAGGAAAAAAAACAGAAACAGAGAGAAAAAAAUAGCUUGUGCUUGACAGUCAUAACCUUCAGUAAAUAACAAAGGAAAGCUGGUUGCUUUGUGUAUCUGCUCUCCGACUUUUUCCCACUUUGUCCUGUGAGCCUACUCUAUUUCAUUCCCCUCUUAUAGAAAAUUAUCUUAAGAGGAAAUGAAUAUUUUUGUCUCUCAUUGUUGAUUGCUACAGGUCAUUGCCGAUGUUAGUGUCAAUGUGCCCUCAGAGAUGUCAUCCUUCAUGCAGACUGAACAUUUAUGACCCACAGUAGGCUCUUUGUAGUUGAAUGGUAAAGGGGGUUCUGGCUGCCCAUGUCUUCCUGCAUCUGCUAGCUUGGAUCACUGUUUCUUUGUCUACCUUGAAAACACAAGACAGACUAAGUGGAAUUUGGUUCGUUUACAGUGUACAACUUCUGCUCCAGAAGUUUAAAUUAAAAGAAAAACAAAGCAGCAAGGACAAAACAAGCGGGAAUUUGGAAGAGUUAAAGUUGGUCAGGGAGAGGUUCUGAUUGUAUAUCGCACACACACACACACACACACACACACACACACACACACACACACACACACACACACACACAGACACACACACAGACACAAAUACAGACACACACACAGCUGGAUGGCAGACUCCUUCUCCAGAUUAGGUCAGAUUUAAUUAGGUUGCCCUGCUCCGUUUGGAGUGUCGCUUCUUGUAGAAAAAGCCAUUAUUAAAGAAAAAGUGAUUGUACUGACGGCCUCCACCCAACACACAUUGAAACCUGUGCCAAAAUGUUACAGAGCCUCAGGGUCCUCACACACAUGUGCACAUAUCGUCUAUUUUGGUUUUGGAAAAAGGUUACAUGUAGAAAUGAUGGAUUAUGAUCUAAUGAAGAUCACUGUGACGUUUCGAGGUGGUUGUACCCGACUGGUUGUGGUUCAGGGAUAAGAAAGUUCAGCAGACUGCCACGCAGACAGCAGUAGCUGCGAAUGGAUGAAAAAAAUAUGACAGAAUACAUACAUCACAAAUUUACAAUGGAAAUUUGAUUUUUUCAGUGGAAAACAGGAUCUCAUUUCAGCAGGCAUGAAGCAGUCGUCCAUGAAACAUCAAUAAUGUCCAGUGUUUCCUUUUGCAGUUUUACAAGGUCUCUCAUGAAAAAACAGAGAGCAAUUAAAAGCAAUACAUUAAACCAAACAGUAUUUUUUUUCGCAUUUCUGCAUUUCAAUGUCAAUAUUGAUCUUACUUUGCUUUAGUGAAAUGAAUGUAUUUAUUGCAUGUCAAAAAUGUUUUAUAGUUAAUUUUUUUUUGUGUAAAUUUCAAUUGUGGGUUUUUAUAAUUUCAUUUAAUUAUAAUGUCUUGAUAAAAUCAUGUUGAUAAGGCUUUUAUUUUUUUUAAAAGCCAAUGUGAAAAAUGUCAUGUUUUUUGUUUGUUACUAUACUCAAAAUCAACUUGGCAAUAAAGUGAAUUGCAUAAUGGA